CAAAAGAGCUGGGCAAAAUGCUGGUGGACUGUUGUACAGACUCUGAUGGCUGUGCAGUGGACAGGGCCAGAGCGUGGUGUGAAAUGAUCGACACCAUUUACCACAGAUUGAGCCCCCAACUAUCUCAGGAGGUGAUGCUGGAUGAGGUGAGCGACGCAGCCCUGGUGGACAUGCUGUGGGAGACCCAGAUGUAUCUGUAUGAGAAGAGGGAGGUCCUCCAGUCUCUGGCAAAAUUACUACUGAACAACUAAAAGCACAAGAACAUCACAAAUGGAGGCUGUGAAGAGUGUUUGAAUGGAGCAGUGAGAUUACUGAGCUGUAUGUCUGACUAAAAACUGUAAUGUCUGUGUUGUUGUGCUCUGUUUUCAAACUGAAUGAAUCAGUUUGAGUAUGAGUACAAAAGUAUUAAAUAUGUGGAAAGCUAACCCAGGAAACAGCUGACCUACUAAAGCCUGUUCAAAGGUGUUUUAUGUAGCAUCAUGUGACCUUCGCACUGAUCCUGUUGUGGUUGAUCAGGUUUACUUCUAACAUAUGAACCAAUGAAAAAGUUGAGGUUGUACUGGGGAAAUGUAAACUGACUGUUACAGUGUCAUGUAAGUUUCCACUCCCCCUACACUGUGGGUUAAUCUACCUCUGGAUUUGUUGAGGUAAGUCUGGAGUGUUUCCUUCCCUUUUUUCCUCACUUGUUCAUCUCAUUCACUUCAGACACACACUUACAAAUACACCCGAGUCAUUGAAUUUUUCCAUUAAGCUGUGUGAUAAAAGGGACCCUGAGUUGCCACCAGAGCAUCAGCAGUAUUCUCAGGUGCAGCUGAGAUGGUGGUGAUGUUGAACCAGUUCUGCCUUAUGUGUGGAACCCACAUUUGUACCUUUUCUUCCUUCCGUAGUAAUCUAAUGCCUUUCUGAGUUAUUUAAACUGACUUGAAACGCAAUAUUUAGCCUCAUGUCUGUUGAUAAAAUAUGAUAUUAAUAUGAAAUCUUAAAACUGACAUGAAAGAUGUAUUUGAAUGAAUCAUCUACAUGAAAGAUAAAGGAACAGAAGCCCUGCUGCUAUCUGCACAACAC